AUGCAAUCAGCCACGGAAACACCCAAAAAUGUACAACAGAAUAAUGCCCAAAAUGCCGUCCUUUUCGAAGCAAUCAAUCUUCUGAUUCACCUUGACACGGAGCAUCAACUGAUGAUGCAAAUAUCCGCCAAACUAGGCAGAUUCAUUCAAUCACGAGAAACGAAUGUACGGUAUUUGGGUCUAGAUGCAAUGACCCAUUUUGCCGCCCGGUCCGACACACUCGAUCCCAUCAAACGACAUCAAAACAUCAUCAUUGGAUCUUUACGAGAUCGUGACAUCAGUGUACGAAGAAAAGGAUUGGAUUUGCUCUACAGCAUGUGCGACACUUCAAAUGCUCAGCCGAUUGUGAAUGAAUUGUUGAAAUACCUUCAAUCGGCAGACUUUUCCAUACGAGAAGAAAUGACUUUGAAAAUCGCCAUUCUGACCGAAAAGUAUGCGACUGACGCUCAAUGGUAUAUCGACAUCUCACUCAGAUUGUUGGCCAUGGCUGGAGAUCACGUCAGUGAUGAAGUUUGGCAGAGGGUUGUGCAAAUCGUCACCAACAACGAACAGCUCCAGGCUUAUGCCGCUCAACAUAUCUUCGAAUACCUGAAAGCCGAGAAUUGCCACGACACUCUGGUCAAGAUUGGCGGAUACAUUCUGGGAGAGUUUGGCCAUCUGAUUGCGGACAACACGGGCUGCAGUCCAAUCGAGCAAUUGAUGGUUCUGCAGACCAAAAUGAUAUCCGCACCCGAUCCGACGCGGGCACUGCUGUUGUCAACCUUUGUCAAAUUCGUCAACCUGUUCCCCGAAAUCAAACCUCAAUUACUGCAAAUGUUUCAAUUCUACAGUCACUCGCCGGAUUCAGAAUUGCAACAACGAGCAUGCGAAUACUUGGCCAUUGCCACAUUACCCACAGAUGAUUUGUUGAGAACCGUUUGUGAUGAAAUGCCGCCAUUCUCCGAAAGAGCUUCGAUCCUACUCCAGAGACUACACAUGAAGAGCGUAGGGACCAGUGAGAGGAGAACUUGGCUAGUGGGCGGAAAAGAUGCCAACGCCGACAAACAAGAAGUUUUACUUGCUCAACAGACCGGCCUAAAAAGGACGUUCACCACGAUCGUCAAUGGAUCGCCAGGAAAAUCAAAUACAAACGGUACGGCAACAAAUACGGCGGGUGCUCAAAAUGGAUCGGCCUCGAAAGAUCUCGAAGGGCUUGACAUGGACGGUCACGAUGAUGUGACAACUCCCACCCUCGCCAGCACAGCCCAUUUGUCACCUGAUUGGGAAAUUGGAUAUGAUCAGAUGUAUUUUGCUGAUGAAGGUGUUCUGUAUGAAGAUCCUCAAAUUCAAGUCGGUUACCGAGCGGAAUAUCGUGGCCACUUGGGUGUGGUGAAGAUGUAUUUCACCAAUAAAGCGUCAUUUUCCAUCGGCUCGUUCACGACGACAUUGGACAACAAAUCGGCCCCGAAUCUCAAAAUCGACACCAAGAGUUUACCAGACUCUUCCGUUGACGCUGAUUCACAAGUCCAACAAACCAUCGUGUGUACAUCAGUGGCGCCAUUUGCAGAACCUCCUACAAUCCGAAUUUCGUACCUGGCUGGUGCUCUACAGGGCUAUACUUUGAAACUACCCAUCCUACCCCACCGAUUCAUGGAUCCGUCCGAGUUGUCGGCGGAGGACUUUUUCAAACGCUGGCGACAAAUUGGUGCGGGACCAAUGGAGGCACAGAGUACUUUCGGUCUACGAAGUCCAAAUGCCACAAUGAGUGAUAAAUAUAUUCGGGAUACGGUGCAGGGAUUUAGAUGGCGUAUUUUGGAGACGGUGGAUCCGAACCCGAAGAAUAUUGUGGGUUGUGCCGUGUUGCAGCUCGAGAAGGGCAAGACGGGAUGUUUGUUGCGCUUGGAACCGAAUCAACAGCAGAAGAUGUUCCGUCUGACUAUUCGAGCGACGCAGGAUACAGUUCCGGGCAUUUUACUGCGUUUGAUGCAAGAGCGUCUUGCCAGGGGUUCGUGA